AUGAAUUAUUACCAGUUUAAUAAGGGUGACCUGCUUUCUGUUAUCGCUUCUCCGCAUCCUAACACUACUAUAAUGUCCUCCACAUCUACUCCAUCAACGCCUUCAACCCCUGCAACACCCUCUAUUGUCUCUUUCCAUAAUUUCUCCUUUACCGGUAUAUCUCAAACUUCAAGCUUAUCCAAUCGUCCAAGAACUCUAAAAUUUUUUCCAAAACAUGGUUAUGUCGGUACUCGCCUUACUGUUGAAGUAUUCCUUGAAUUACCAAAUCCUAAUAAUGUCAUCCUUAAUCUGGCUUUUGGUGAUUUAAUGGUCGAAACUCAUCAAGUAGCUUUACCUGAUUCUCGUUAUGAACUUGUUG